AUGAGCUCUUCGACCGCUGCGAUUCUCUACGCCAUCACGGUGACUACACCUCCCGCUUCACCAGAGCCUGACGAUGCACAGAAGAAGAGCCAUCAUCUAAAGGGCGGGUUCACAAACCCCUGGGACUCCUGGAGACCGAUCAAACCUACUAUCGCUGUCGAUAUUCUUUCUCGGCACGUAACAGGAAAAGCGAACAAGCCUGAUACCACUCCACCAACCGUCCCCGUCCGCAAACCGGAAUUCUUACCGAGCCGGGAAACACAGAAGCUGCGGGCUACGUGGCUAGGUCACGCCUGCUACUACGUUGAGUUUCCUGGAGGCUUGCGGGUUUUGUUCGAUCCCGUGUUCGAGGAUCGUUGCUCACCUUUCUCAUGGCUCGGCCCGAAACGUUAUACUGAGAGGCCUUGUGAUAUCAAGGAUAUCCCUAUCAUCGAUGCAGUUGUUAUCUCUCACAACCAUUACGAUCAUUUGUCUUAUCCUACCAUCAAGGAGAUAGCUGAGCGUCAUCCGAAUUGCCAGUUCUUCGCGCCUCUGGGUAACAAGGAAUGGUUCAAAUGUUCAGGGAUUGAUAAGGUGACCGAGAUGGACUGGUGGGAAGAACGGGACAUGGUUCUCUCUCCUGCAGAACCAAGCACAAAAGUCGAGGAAGCAACAGAUGACCUGGCGUCGAAGAAGGCGGAUAUCAAAGCUCGCCUUGGUUGCCUACCGUGUCAGCAUACCAGUAAUAGAGGACUCCUAGAUCGACAGAAGACAUUGUGGUCCUCGUGGUACGUUGAAUCUGGCGGCCACAAGGUCUAUUUCGCUGGUGACACUGGAUAUCGUGCUGUACCCGAACUCCCAGAUGAUGUAGAUGACCACGCUGCUGAGUACGAAUACCCUUCCUGCCCUGCCUUCAAACAAGUUGGCGAGUUCCGCGGACCAUUCGACCUGGGGUUGAUUCCAAUUGGAGCCUACGCGCCUCGGUGGAUCAUGAGCCCAAUGCAUGCAGAUCCCCACGACGCUGUCGAAAUUUUCAAAGACACACGCUGCAAACGAGCCGUUGCCAUCCACUGGGGUACCUGGGUGCUCACCGAAGAAGAUGUUCUCGAGCCUCCGAGGAAACUGAAGGAGGCAUUGAAGAAACAUGGAAUACCUGAAGACGGAAUAUUUGACGUUUGUGAUAUUGGUGAGAGCCGAGAGUAUUAA